CCAGCUAGGCCCUAGAAUAAAUUACGGAUGACUAAAAGUUUCAAAAUAAUCCACGAACUCAGCGCCAUCGUGUUUUUAUACUUAAUUUUAAUUUGGACUGAAGUUUCUUCGUAUCUUAUGCAAAUUUCUCUAUUUAUAUUGUUUUAUAGCAAACAGAGAUUAAAUAAAAAAGUAAAUUUAUAAAGAAACUGCUAUUAUUUUCAAAGAGUUCAGAAAUGCACUUGAAAUAUGGAAACGCAAAUUGUGACACGUUUAGGUUUUCAUAAUUGUAUAACUGUAGUUUCGUCAGCAAUCGUUUGCUAUUUCUAAAUGGAAAUGCUUGUUGUCGCACAUGUUAUGUGGCCAACUAAUAUCUGAUUCCAAUUGAAAUUUCAACUCGAAAAUAGGUUUAGAACUGAACUCCAGCGGAAUACUGCUUGUCCAAUCUGUUGGUAAAGUGUUGAUUUUAAUAUCGAUACUGAUAAAAGUAGAAUUUCGAUAAAUAUUAACAUUUAAAUAUCAAUGACUGUUUCGACACCGUCUGCAACCAGGAAAAUUUAUAGCUUUUAGUUUAUGAACUUAUUACUACAGUUCAGCAUGUAUGACUGAAGAUUGAUAAUAAUUGUAACAAUAAUAAUUAGAAGAAACGUGAAACAAAGCCAGAAAAUAUCAGCAGGUUAGAUUGUUUCUAAACUGUGGUGUGUAAUAUGAAUGCAGCUGUUUGCUGAUAGCUUGCUUUUGUUGAUAUGUCACCUCACGGAAUCAAAGGAACAGGCAAGAAAAAUAAGUGCUCAUCACUUAGUGUUAAUGGACCAAAAAUGCUUGCAAAGAAAAAAAGGAAGAUUUUAAGUGAGACUCCUGAUGUUGAUGUGUCUGGAAAAGCAACCAGUUGGCGUGGUCUUAAAAUUGAAUCCUCAAAUGAUCUUAAAGAGAAGAUACUGAAGCAGUUAACAUGUCCAUCUCGCCAGUACAAAGGGAGAGAUGGCGAAAUAGAGCUUCCUCCCAAGAAAAAGCGGAAAUUUCAAAACAAUGGCAGUGUUGAAACUGAUUCAGAUGUAGAGAAAACUAGUCGGAGAAGCAAACUGAUGAAAAAACAGUAUCUGGAAAAGCCUAGCUCUAAAAUGCAAAGAUGGAAGAAGCUGGCUGAAGAUGCUGAAUUCUAUGGGUCUUCAAAUUCUGCAAGCAAAGGCAAAAAGAAAAAGAAAUUAAUGACUGUAAAUUAUGAUGAUGGGGUUUGUGUUUAUGAUUUGCACACACCCAGCAAAUUGAAGAAAAUGAAACGGCAAAAAGGUGCUAAUCACAUAGUCAACAAAAAGAAGGUUCAUAUUGGUAAACGUGUCAUUACUCCUCACAAGGGGGGCCGAAAGGAAGCCAUGAAACCAAAACUCAAUGUCAGCAGCAGUCGUUUAAAACUUUUGUCUAAAAAACAACGAAAGAAGCUUGAGGAAAAUUAUUCACUGCAGAUAUACAGUGAUGUGGAAUUGUCAGACAGUGAUGUGUCUGCUGAUGGACAAAACGUAAUUUCAAUCAAGAAGGGCAAGUUUUCAAUGCCUGACAAGUGGAGUUAUCGACAACUGCUGAGCAAGAAAAAGGCCAAGUCUAAGAAAGAACAGGAAUGCAAUGUUGGCAAGAUAAAAAAGUCAAAGCAGCAUCACGAGCAUGUUUUGGAGGAUGAAGAUUCCUACGACAACAUUGAAGAAGCUUCUUCUGAUGAAGAUUUAUCAGAAGUUGAUGAUGAUGACGAGGAUGAGGAUGAGGUUGAUGAUGCUGAAGAGGAUGAUGAUGAUGAGGAGGAAGAGGAUGAUGAUGAUGAUGAGGAUGACGACGACGAAGACAGUGAGGCCCAAAUGAGUGAUGAAAGACUUGGUGCAGAAAAGAAAAAUGUAUCAAAUCAGAAUUUACCCAAUGGAAAUUGGGAAAUGAUUAAUGACGAGCGAUGUCGAGAAGUGACUCAAGAAGACUAUGGUAGUGCCUGGAAACAACAUGAUGGAGACACAACAUCAAUUGUACUGCAUCCAUGGCCUCAUGGUAACAACUUUCAAGAACAGCAGCCACAUUCCCAUCAAGUGCUACAGAAAAAUAAACAUGCUGGUCUUGCGAACACUUCUAAUUUGUCAAUUAUUGGUGGUGUUCUUGACAGUACACUAUCAGGACACAACAACCCAGGUAUUUCUCAUCCUUCGCUUCAACAUUAUCAUUCAGAACAAGAAAAGCAACAGUCUCAAUUUACUGAGAAUCACAUUCAGGUGCAAGAUGGUUCUGUACGGCAUUUUGGUGAUCAAACUCAAAUAUACAAUACCUAUAAUGUUGAUGUCAAAUCCCAGACUCAUAUCUCAAAUAACCAAACUGAUCCCAACCAAUCUUCCCAACCAUGUCAUCUACAGCAAUACACUGACUUAAAUCACACUCAGUCUCAACCAAACGGUUCUUCGUUUGGUGCUUCUAAAGUAAAAUAUUAUUACCCUGCAAGCUUUGGUAAAGAAGGUAUUUUAGAGGUUGAAAGGGCUUUGCAACCUGUUCCUCCCGAAGAAGUACUGACUCAAGGUUUCCGCAUAAAUAUAAAGCGAUGUGAUAUGGCUACUUUAGUUGGGGCCAACUGGCUCAAUGAUGAAAUCAUCAAUUUUUACAUGAAUAUUAUUGUUCAAAGAAGUAAAAUAGAUGGCUAUCCUUCAGUCUACAUUCCAAGCACAUUCUUCUUUCCCAUGGUUAUGAAACGAGGCUAUAAUGGUGUAAGGCGGUGGACCAAAAAUGUAGACAUAUUUGAUCAUGAUUUAAUGCUGAUACCAAUUCAUUUGGAGAGUGAAAAUCAUUGGACUCUCAUAGCUGUUGAUUUCCUUCAGUCUAGUAUCUGCUAUUAUGACAGUUAUUUACAAGACAGGGAUGAUGCUAUGGAUGCAAUUCUUAAUUAUUUGAGAGAAGAAAUGAAAACCAAAAAGAAUAUUGAAAUGGACACCAACUGUUGGGUGAAAGUGAAUAUGAAGAAUAUACCACUUCAAGAAAACAUGUCUGAUUGUGGUGUCUUCAGUUGUAUUUAUGCCGAGUACAUCAGCCGAGGAGACAAAAUGGAUUUUACUCAAGAAGAUAUGCCCUAUUUCCGACGGAAAAUGGUUUAUGAAAUUCUUAAUCAUAAAAUAGUUAAUCACAGUCCAAGGGAUCUUGAGAAUAUGAUUUCUGAUGACCUUUUAGACGAUAUUACUUCCGCAAAUGAAAAUGGUCAUAUUCUGACACCAGAUAUUGCCACAGCCGUGAUCCAAAAUGGUCUACCUGACAAUUUCCAGGGUCCUACAAAGGUUAGUGAGGAGGCUAUGGGCUUAGCUGCUGUUUCAAAAGACACAGAAGGAGUCAGAGACGUUGAAAAGACCCAGAAUGGUUCUACAGGUGGAGAAAUGGAAGAAAAGGCUUCACCUGCAGAAGCAGGUGAAGAAACUAGUAGAAAACAUAAAACCAAUUUGAUCUCUGAAAUUAAAAGAAUUGUCAGUCUCUUUGAUGAUGUCAGUGAGGAAAAGAGAAAUCUACUUGAGAGUCAACUCUUUCAGUUGCUCAGAGAAAAUCUGCAGAAUUCUAACCAGAAAGCCAAGAAAUUUAAAAUCAGGCAUAAUGAUCUUGCAAGCAUAAUGUCAGUGAUUGAAAAGCAUUCAGGGGAAAAUUCUGAGAGUGAUGAAUUAAAUAGUGUCAGUGAUGACAGUGCCAGUAGUAGUACUGUCAGCAGUAGUUCUAGAACUACCACCAGUAGUACUGUUUCAAGUGAUAAAGGAAUAAAAAGCUCUGAUGACACUGAAGUUUCAAGCCUUUCUGAUAAUUCAGAAGAGUCAGGUUUGUUUAAUAUUAUGAAGGAAAUGGAGAAAAUGUUUCUUUCUUUGGCUGCUUUUGUACGAAUUAUUUGCAAAACUGACCAAGAACUGUUGAAAGGCAAAGCGGGAGAAGCGUCCAGUCGAUCAAAUUCUGUGAUAAAAGGGAUUAGCUACAUUACGUCUAAACUAGAAAACAUAAACCAAAGGUUGAAGAGUCAAUCUAUUCUGAAAACUGCUGCACAGCAACACAUGACAUCUCAGCAUGACAGAAAAACAUCCAAAAAAUGUAUGUCGCAACGUUUAGUGAUCCAGAAAAAAUCGAGGAGAAAUGAAAGGGACAUUAUGAAAACCAAACAUUGUUUGAGAAAUAGCGUUACAUUUUCAAACCAAGUUGGCAGUGAGGAGGACAUCUCCAAUGAUGAAACUACUGAAGCAAGACUUUUUACCAGUGCAGCAAAAAACCUUGGCAUCAGUCUUGAAAGUGGAGCUUAUUUGAAAAAGCUUCACUUACGAAAAAACUUAUUGAAAAAAUUUCCAUUGCCAGCAGAUGUAUUUGAUUUGAAUUGCCAGUUGCAGGACAAAGCUCACAAGCAACAUGCAUUCAAAAGCAUGGUGCGGUCAGAUCAUUGUAAAAAAGGAAAAAAGAAAAAGUAAACUCUUACACACUCACAAAAAAAAAAAAAAGAAAGAAAAAAAUAUCAUUUACCUGUCUGUCUACCUUUCUAUCAUCUGAUUUUUCAAAUUUUCAUUGAGUUACUUUCUCAUACUUCAUUAAUAGGCAUACAGAAACACACAUAUACAUAUGCAUGCAUGCAUACAUACGUAAAUACCUGUCAGCAUCUUUUAUACCUUGCAAUCAACUAAAUUGCUUAUGAUAAUCUGAAAAUACAGCAAAAGAUGUACACAAGUAGUCUAGGUCUGUUCAUUUUUAUACAUGCAGAAUUGGAAAACAAAAUGAGCAGCUUUAAAAUCAUUUCAAAGCUCUUUAAAUUCAAUGUUAGUUUUGUCUGUUUUCUCUCUCUCCUAUGUCCCAUUACCACUGCCUCCGUCGCUGCUGUCGACCAGCAAGAUCAACACUUACCACCAUUACUCCUUUCCUUCCACUGUCAGCAACUCUUUGAUUUCUUCGUCUUGUUUUGCUCAUGAAACCCAUCUCUGCUGCUAUUGUUGCAAUGACAUACUGUUCUCUGUUGAGUUCUUUGUAACAAUCAAACCAUUAAGCCCACUAAGACAGACAUUGUAGGGAAAUGUAAAAGAUCUGUACCACGUCUCUUUCGUCGUUUGAUGCAAAAUGCAUGGUAGUUUCUCUUACUCCAAAGACCAUUGAUGAAACAAAGUCAACUAGAUGCUUUUUGAUUGGCAUAUUGUUCAUUUACUUUUCAUUUAUCCGAAACUUUUUUUUUUUUGAUUCCCUCUCUGAUAGAAAGUUUUUAGUUAAAGAAUGUACUAUGAAAAAAGGCUGAAUUUCAAAUCAGGACACCCACAAAAUUUGGAUUUCUCCAUUUUGAUGAGGAGAUUAUUAUUAUUAUCAUAUUUUAAAAAUCACUAUAGCCUUUAAAAUGAUGUGCUUUUUAUGAAAAAAAAUUUUGAAAAUUUAUGCUUUUUCCAUCACCCCUUCACUACUUCUAUCCAAACAGGUUUUGACCAAUCUUUUUUGCACUACACACUUAAAAACAAAGGAAGAAGCCUUUUUGGUAAAAAGUGGUUUAAGGAAGAUUUAGCAUUUGUUUCUAGCACACCCUACGACUACCUGGUACCUUACUUGUUUCACCUUGACACCAUGUGUGUGUGUGAGAAAAAGUAUAUUUACCAAAAAUAAAAAAGUUUAAUGAAAAACAAAAAUUUUGAAAAUUUAAUUUUUUUCAAUCCUUCCCUCCAUUUGUUUUCUGCUUAUAAUUUUGAAAUAUUGGAGAGCCUGAGAAGGCCAUUGCUGGGAUUUAUCCACAGUGAUUAAAAAAAGGUGUGUAGUUUUAAGGGCGAUAUAGCUGUUUCUAGCACAUCGUACAAACUUUUUGGCAUCUUCCUCAUUUCUUUGCCAUUCUGAUAUGUAUUGAUGUUUUUCAAUAUUUUUGUACCCAUAGACAUUUUAUAGUAUGGUGAUCCAUUUCUGGGAUUUAAGCAACAAAAUAAUUUGUAAUUUAAAUUUUUAUUGCAGCCCUCUUCCACCCUGCACCAAGCAAGUUUGCAUGUGUAAGGAAAGACUUUUGCUAACAGAAAAGAAUGUUAUUAAAAUAAAUUCUUUUACAUACCCUUUUUUUUUUUUUAAAUCACUGGAUAAAUCCCAGCAAUGAUCUUUUCAGGCUCUCCAAUAUUUUGAAUUGAUAAACAGAAACAAACAAGGGCGUUGAAAAAAAAUUAUUAAUUUUCAAACGUUUUUUUCUUUUAAUAACAGACUUUUCUGUUCUUAAAUGCUUUUUCUUACAUGUAAUUUCGCUUGGCGCUAAGCUUGGGUGGAGAAGAAAUGAGGAAGGUAUCGGUGGGUUGUAGGGUGUACUAAAAACAACUAAAUCUCUUAAUUCAUACACCUUUUCUUCUGGAAUUUUUUUUUUUUUUUUCAAACUGAAAAGUCUCCUCCCAUUGUCUUAAAGUGUGCAAUGCCAAAAAAAAAAAUUUGACCAAAAUCAGUUUGAUUGUGGAAAGAAAGUGGGUAUGAGGAAAACCAUAAAUUUUCAAAAAAAAAAAAAUUAAGGCUGUGGUGAAAAAAGAAAUUUAGAAAAAUCACUGUCAAAACAGAAGAUCCAACUUAGGUGGGUGUCCUGAUUCGUAACUCUGCUGAAAAAAAUAAAUUUAGGGAAAGCAUUUUGAUUAAAAGUAUGUAUAACAGAAAAAAAUGAGAGGUUAUGGAUUAGGUUAUAAGGAAGCAUACAUACUCAAUGAAGAAAUAAUAAAUGUUUUUCUUUUUUU